ACUUGAAGGGCAAUUGCGUACCUAAAGUUUUAUAUAAAGAACAAGUGCCACGCCACUAAGCGCAUACCGCCUUCUAUCAGCUCAUUUCAGAUAAACAAACAAACAGGAACACCUUUCAACUUCAACAAAAAUGGCGAUGGCUUUCAAGAUGGCAACGACUGGAAUGUGGGUAACUGAUGAAUGCAAGAACUCGUUCAUGGAGAUGAAGUGGAAAAAGGUCCACAGAUUUAUAGUUUUCAAGAUCGACGAGAAAUCAAGACUGGUCACCGUGGAUAAGGUCGGUGGCCCCGGGGAAGGCUACGAUGAGCUUGCCGCAUCACUGCCGGACGAUGAUUGCAGAUAUGCUGUUUACGAUUUCGACUUUGUCACCGUGGAUAAUUGCCGGAAAAGCAAGAUCUUCUUCAUUGCAUGGUCUCCAACAGCAUCAAGAAUUAGAGCAAAAAUGUUAUAUGCAACCUCCAAAGAUGGAUUGCGGAGAGUGCUUGAAGGGAUUCACUAUGAAGUCCAAGCAACUGACCCAACUGAAAUGGGAUUUGAUGUUAUAAAAGAUAGAGCUAAAUGAAUCUAAUUAAUUAGCAUAAUUAUUAUAUUAUUAGCUAAAUUACAUAUAAUAAUAAUAAUAAUAACAACUGUGUUCUACCAUUUAAUAUAUGAUCUUACUUUCUAUUUAAAAAAAAUUCCAAGUAGAUGUGCUUUUUAUC